AUGUAUCGUUUCAGCUGUUUCCCAGACGUUCGCCUAACCUGUCUUACAAAUGAUGGACUCCUAUUGAUUGACAUAUCACUCAUUGGACAUGUGCGACCGGUACAACCAAACUGGGUCGUCGAGUGCUCUGCUCAAAGUGGUCCUGUGACGUUCAAUCGAUCUCGCCUGUCAUCCCGCGAACGUGCAAGCAAAGGUGAUGUCGUGCUCUCGCGGCACAAGAGAUUGACUGGCGAUAUCGAGAUAGAGGACGACAUGUCUAUCAAGCUGAUCGAGGUCAAACCACUUGGUCAAUUCAAUGGUGAGCUGGGAGGCCCGAUCAAUAUAACGAUUUCCGUUAGAUUGUCGGACGCUGCGAAGGAAGGAGACAAGCAAGUUAUAACGGUAACUUAUGGAACACAGGAAAAACAAUGCUUUGAACAAGUCACAAUGUCCAUCAACCCGGAAACAGAUUUCAAAGCCCUACUGGACACUAAGAUAUACACAGAAACAGUGUUUAUCUACCCCAAGGCGGGCAUUGAAACACCAAUGGAGGGCCAGUCGUUCACCACUAUGGAAAACGUAAGUGAAAUUGGUUUAACUGAUCGUUUAUGGGUUAUUCAAAUGAGUUACCAAACUCCUGAUUCUGUAGUUGCUGAUAACUUGUCCACAGAAGAAACUUGGCAAGAUAAAUCAUUUGGAACACAAUUUGAUUUACAUUGGCCACGUUCUUCCGGCAAAACGAUCAAACAUACUUCUUUGCUUUGGGUGGACCGAUUGCGGUCAGAGGGUUACGCAUGACCGUACAAUACCCUGAAAGAUCGAGGUGUACCGAUGUUCAAUCGGUCCUAUUUGUACGUGGACGACAAACUGAUUAUCUGCUAUCUGUGGGAGCUAUCAGACCAGUGGAGCAAAUAUGCUAUGAAGUGUGUUUACGGUCUGGACAAACCGAAUUAA